AUGGCGGGCAGCGUCGUGAAGGUGUACGGCCCGGCGGCGUCGCCGUUCGUGGCGACGGUGCUGGUGUGCCUGGAGGAGGCCGGCGCCGCGUACGAGCUCGUCCCCGUCGACAUGGCGGCGCGCGAGCACAAGGCGCCGCACCACCUCGCCCGUAACCCGUUCGGCAAGAUCCCUGCCUUCCAGGACGGAGAACUCACGCUAUUUGAAUCACGUGCGAUUUCAAGGCACGUGCUCCGAAAGCACUACAAGAGCGCCGCCGGCGGCGGCGGCGACCUGCUGAGGGAAGGCGACCCCGAGGGGGCCGCCAUGGUGGACGUCUGGCUGGAGGUGGAGGCGCACCAGUACGAGCCAGCCAUCGCGGAGAUCGUGCGGCACUGCGUGAUUCUGCCGAUGAUCGGUGCCGGCGGCGCGCGCGACCAGCGCGUGGUCGACGAGAGCGCCGGGAAGCUGCGGGCGGUGCUGGCGGCGUACGAGGCGCGGCUGCGCGAGCACGCGUACCUGGCCGGGGGCGGGGACGCCGGCGUCAGCCUCGCCGACCUCGCGCACUUCGGGUUCACGCACUACCUCAUGGCCACGGAGUACGCCGCGCUCGUGGAGGAGCGCCCCGCCGUCGCGGCGUGGUGGCGGAGGAUCGCCGCCAGGCCGGCGGCCAGGAAGAAAACAAACAAAUCGAAGCAACUCAGAGAAUAUAAGGAUGAAGAAGGCACCAUCCUCUCCUCUGGCCGUCGUCGCCAUGACCGUGCUGGCCGUGGCAUCGGCGUCCACCGGCCUGCGCGCAACGGAGGUGACGAUCGAGAGCACGUGCGCGGCGGCCGCUGCGCGGGACCGGCGCUUGGAUGCGCUGUUCUGCGCGCAGCAGUUUCUGGCGUACCACGGCGCGGCGGAGUCGGACCUGUGGGGGUGGCGAGGACGGCGGCGCUGAUCGGCGUCAGCCUGGGCGACGACGCCGUGUACGACGUCCACGAGGGCACGAUCCCGGACCCGCCGGCCGGCGGCGCCAGGGGGAAGGCGGCCAUGGGCGCAUGCGCGCAGGCCUACGACGCCGUGGGCAUGGCCUUCGCCGAGGCCGCCGCCGAGCUCGGCGCGCGGCUGUUCGAGCGCGCCCAGGAGAGGUUCGACCGCGUGGCGCCGCUCGUGCGCCGGUGUGACGCCGCGCUCGCGGUGGCCGGUGCCAGGACGCCGCCCGUGCUAGCGAGGUAUGGUGCCGACUGCCAGCAGAUGGCCGUCAUCGGUGCCGCCAUCACCAACCUCAUCAAGUGA